AACACUGACUUCAGCUCUGAUGCUUCCAUGUACUGCACCUUGUUUGAACUUCACACUUCGUAGCAACCAACCUCGUCCAGUUGCCGCCGGACCUUGUGGCUAUGGUACCAACUCUAAUCUUCUAAGCCAGCCUCCGUACCUGAUUCCCGACGAUGGGCACUCCGUACGAUGGUUUGGACGAUUUCGACCGUGAUGUCCUUGGCCACGACCUUACGGACUUCCAAAUCCUGAACGACAUCGCUAACUACCGGCAAAUCCUUGAAUAUUUACCCUCUCCAAACCUCUCGCAACCCCCAACCACGUCCAGCAGAUAUGACAGCGGCCACGGGGCUAACCCCCCUUUGGACCGUUGUCUCGAGCUGGAACCACCGAAUGAAGGGAUGCUGCUCGAGGAUGCCCAACCGAUCCUCAACCCGAGUACCUUCUUCGAAGAUCAGCCAGCUCCGUAUGCCUUGGCCUCUAACAACGCAUCACAAAACCGAGUGCCUCUCUGGUUGAUGAUAGGCACACGUGGAGGCAGCAACCAAAUCAGUCGAUCAUUCAAGCACACUCUCCAAAGCACAGGAAGUUCAAGUCCUACAGCAACACUGAGCGCCCGCAAACAGCAGAAUUCAGCGACCUUUCCCUUUGGACUGGUCAGGCAGCAGAAUGCGGCUACCUUUCCCUUUGACACAGUGCCAGCUCCGGCUCACUCUUCGCCAACCCGAUCUCCCCCAGACAGUCAACGCUCGUCCCACCUAUCAACUCCCGUCAUUCAUGGCAUACCGCUCAUCAGCCUACGCCAGGCCCUACCAGACAGAUGUCGCGCGAUCUUCCCUUACGAACUGCUCAACGCAGUGCAAUCCAAGUGUUUCAAUGUUGUCUACCGGACCAAUGACAACCUCGUCGUAUCUGCACCAACCGGCAGCGGCAAGACCGCCAUCCUGGAGCUAGCAAUUUGCAAGCUCGCUCUGGAUCGAGGAAAUGAAAACAUCAAAAUAGUCUACCAGGCGCCCACGAAGGCUCUUUGUUCGGAGAAAGCCCGCGACUGGGAGAAGAAGUUCAUCCACAUGAAUCUGAGGUGCGCAGAACUGACUGGCGAUACCUCACAAGCGGAAAUGAGACGAGUUGGCGAUGCUUCUAUCAUUGUCACUACCCCUGAAAAGUGGGACUCGAUCACCCGGAAGUGGCAUGACCACCGGAAGCUUCUGCAGAUGGUGGAACUGUUCCUCAUCGACGAAGCCCACAUUCUCAAGGACGCCCGUGGGGCAACGCUCGAGGCCGUGGUGUCCCGGAUGAAGACGAUUGGGGCCAAUGUCCGCUUUAUUGCCCUCAGUGCUACUGUGCCCAAUUCGGAGGACAUCGCACGAUGGUUGGGUCGGAACCACACAAAUCAGCAACUGCCUGCCCACCGCGAAGUCUUCGGCGAGGAGUUCCGCCCAGUCAAGCUUCAGAAGUUCGUCUACGGAUUUGGGUUCAGCAAGGGCAACGACUUCACGUUCGACAAAUUUCUCGACCAGAAGCUUCCAGGGAUUGUUUCUAAGCACACGCUUGGAAAGCCAGUUCUGGUCUUCUGCUUUACCCGGAAGUCCUGCGAGAAUGCGGCGGCAGCGCUGGCGGAAUUCGCGUCAGGCAGACCGGAAAGCGAGAAUUUAUGGCCUGUUCCUUCGAGUCAGGUGUUGGUUGUUAGCAAGGAGCUACAGGAGCUUGUCAAAUACGGUGUAGCGUUUCACCAUGCGGGUCUCGACGCUCAGGAUCGGGCUGCUGUUGAACAGAACUUCUUGAAGGGCCAGUUGGGGGUCAUAUGCUGCACGUCAACCCUGGCAGUGGGCGUUAACCUGCCUUGCCACACUGUUGUUCUCAAGGGAACGGUGGGCUUCACCGACGAGAGACUGGUAGAGUAUUCGGAUCUCGAGGUGAUGCAGAUGCUCGGCCGCGCCGGCCGGCCGCAGUUCGAUGACAGUGCAACCGCCAUCAUUCUGACCCGAGCCCCCAAUAAGGAGCGCUACCAAAAGAUGGUGUCUGGACGGGAGAUUUUGGAGAGUACCCUGCACCUCAACUUGAUUGAACACCUCAACUCUGAGAUCUGUUUAGGAACCAUCCUUGAUCUGGCAUCCGCGAAAAGAUGGCUUGGCGGCACCUUCCUGAGUGUAAGGCUGAGAAGGAAUCCAAACUACUACCAGCUCACUGGGAGGACGACGAAUCCUGCUCGAAUCGAUGAGAGGCUGGAGGAGAUAUGCGAACGCGACAUCAAGCAGCUACAGGAUGCAAAGCUCGUCACUGGCCAGGACACGCUCCGAAGCACCGAAUAUGGACGUGCAAUGUCCAAGUACAUGGUUCAGUUCGACACCAUGAAGCUGCUGUUGCGAAUUCCCCGCGCUGUCGGGAUGGAGGCUUUGAUAACAAUUCUUUCACAAGCAAACGAGUUCAAUGAAUUCCGUCUCAAGCAAGCGGAAAGGCCGCUCUUCCGCGAAAUAAACCAGUCCCCUCUGAUCAUGUAUCCGAUCAAGGACCCGGUGACCCAGGCGAAACACAAGGUCUCGCUUAUGAUCCAGGCCCAUGUCGGAUGCGUGCAGUAUCCCGACUCGAGCGAGGCGGCGAGGUUACGACGCCAGCUUGUGGUGGAGAGGCAACUGAUUUUCGAAAGACUGAACCGACUCGUUCGCGCCGUCAUUGACUGCAAAGGUCAUGAUCGUGAUUCUGUCGGGACCAAGACCGCCCUUGAACUUGCAAGAGCGCUCGCAGCAGGAUCCUGGGAGGGACGAGCUACACAGCUUACACAGGUUCCUCACAUUGGACCCGUCGGAAUGCGAAAGCUCGCAAGUAAGGGGAUCCGCACGGUGCUGGAGCUUGCGGACAAGACCUGCGACGAAAUCGAGCGGUUGAUGUCGCGGGCGCCGCCUUAUGGCAGGACCAUGCUAAAGUCUCUCAACAACUUUCCGCGACUGGAUAUGGAACUGGCGAUUGUGGGCUCAAAUUUUGAACCGGGUUCGGAUCAGCCAAUUGUUCUUGCAGUGAAGGCGACACUCCGUUAUCUGAACCGCAAAGGCCCGCCGGAAUGGGUGAAGCGGAUGCCGGCCCUAACCUUCCUUGCUGAAAAUGUCAACGGCAACUUGCUGUACUUCUGGCGAGGAAGCAUCAAAACGUUGUCCAAGGAGGGCGGCUACGAUCUGAUGUUCUCAGUUGGGCUGGAAGAAUCCAGUGUGACCUCUCGCAUGGCCCAGAUCAUCUGCCACCUCAGUUGCGAGGAGAUCGUCGGAACGAUCGUGUCAAAGACCCUCAAGCACACGCUGCCGAACCUGGUGGUGCCGUCCUUGGCGAUUACGGCCGGUACGGGGCUCAGUACAGAAUACAAUAAAGAAGGUAGCCAACAAGCCAAUGAAGAGGACUACCUUGAUGACGACGACAUUGAUGAUCUGGAUAUGAUCAUGGCUGCUGAGGAAGCAUCGACAGGACCUUCCAUGCACCGCACAAGGGAAGUGUCGCCCGAAGAGGAGACUGAUGAGUACCCACCGCUCGAGGAGCUGCUUGUUGAGAAGCAAGUUACGGAUGAGUUCGACACCCGCUUGGCAUGUGUAGAUGAGAAGGAUAAGCUGCCUAACGGAAACUGGCGAUGCCAGCAUCGCUGUGCCGGAGGUGCUUUCGUUAAGGCAGGCAGACCAUGUGAACACAGAUGCUGCAUAGAGGGUAUCAAGAACCCGCCUAAGAAACAAAAAGCCAAGAGACGACGGGAGGAGCUCCAAGAAGAUCAGUCUGAUGCAAAGCAGAUGAAAAGGCCGAGGGCUCGACAGCAGCAGGAAGGGCCCUUGAUUCACGUUUUUGACUCCAAAAACAAGGCUCAGCAAGUUUUGACUCGACCGGCAUUGACAUUGGGUUCACCGUUCAGCAGCCCAGUCAUGUCUCCGAAGACAGUGACACCUCCGACGAGAGUGACGCCUCCGAAAAAGGUGACGCCUCCGAAAAAGGUGGUGCCGCCGAAGAAUGUGGAGAACAUAGAUCUCGAUGGUAUGGAUCUGGAGUGCAUCGAUCUCACAUUCCCAGAUACGGAUGAGGACGAACUCUGGGACCACGGGGGCCGACUUCAUUCUGCGGAGGGGGGAGGGGGAGUGAGUAACGAGCCCGAGACCGCGGGCGUCUUGGACGCAGAAGAUCCGGAAGCAAGCAGUCCACAGCAGGUAGGAGUUCCGCCCACGCAAUCCAUUCCCUCAGUGCAGCUCCAUGGCCAAGAGUGCCCCACGUCGGAUACGCCGCCUCUCGCCACUCAAGCAGGACGUUACGACCGGUAUCUCGAUCUUGACAGUAUGUCGUUGCUCGAAGUGCUCUCACCGUUACCAGCGCCCACGCCCACCAGCGGAAUUGACGUCUUCAGGUCAGGGGCGAGCGAUGAGGUGCUCUCUCCAAAGACAUCCGGAGAGUUUGAUAGCGCUGGACUGGACAGUGUUCAUGACACAAGCUCGGAUACAUCCUCCCCCGACCAGUCCUCUACGGCUCAAAUCGUGACGUCCCCUGUAGGUGAUGAAGGAAAUGCGGCCAACGGACUAAGCCAAAGCCUGGAGAACCAGGGUUCCAAUUGCGAGGAGCCAGCCUGGCUUGCUGAGUUUGACCAAGAGUUUGUUGACCUCUUCAGGGGUUAUGUGACGUUUGUGUGAGUGUCCAGUCAGAAUCGAGAGUUGCUAUAUUUGCCAUGACCGGUAGUAAGGGUGUCAGGGGCCUAUAAGUCGAUGCGUGGAUUUGCUCACAGCUUGCUACAUUUUGCUCAUGAUGGUUUGGCUCAUGUCGGGGGUGGGAUUCGGAAUCGACUGGUUCAGGGUGCAUAUUGUGAGGUUAAGCACAACCCAUGACGUGUGCUGUUAAGUUUGCAUGCG